AGGAUUUUGAAUUUCAAUAUAUACCAAUUUCUUCCAACCACUUACAACCCUAGUUAUAAAAAAGGAAUUGGUAACCAAUGUAGAGUAGUACAAAUACAAAGGAAUAAUGUAUCUUGAUUAAUACAAUACAAUAGAAAAACAUCCCUAGCCAUGGCAAUUCUAACUCUACCCUUCCCCACCACUACCGCCACCCGGCCACCGCGACAGCCCAUUGCCGCCAUCAUGAAACAACCCACCCCGACCUUGCCCCGCCCUAAAACAACCUACUCAAUGACACAAGAAAAGAUCGAAAUAUUCAACUCGCUCGAGCCAUGGGCCACCACACACCUCCUCCCACUUAUCAAACCAAUCGAGAAAUCCUGGCAGCCGAGCGAGUUCCUCCCCGACCCAACCCGUCCCGAAAAGGAGUUCAUAGAAGAAGUCCGGGCCCUACGCCAGCACACUGUCGGGCUUCCCGAUGAAUUCUUUGUUGUGUUGGUUGGAGACAUGAUCACCGAGGAAGCACUGCCUACGUACCAAAGUAUACUGACACUAUGCGACCCAAAUCGCGACGAAGACUUCAACAAAAACCCAUGGUCUGCUUGGAUAAGGGCCUGGAGCGCCGAGGAAAACCGGCACGGUGAUUUGCUUAGGACUUAUCUGUAUCUUUCCGGCAGGGUAAACAUGGCUAUGAUCGAGAAAACUGUGCAAUACCUUAUUGGAUCUGGAAUGGACAUUGGUGUGGAAAAUAAUGCUUACUUAGGGAGUGUGUACACGUCCUUUCAAGAACGGGCGACAUUUAUAUCCCAUGGAAACACGGCAAGGCAAGCCAAGAUACACGGCGACCCGAUUCUUGCAAGCAUAUGCGGGAGCAUUGCUGCAGAUGAGAAACGCCACGAGAAUGUGUAUGUUAAAGUUGUCGAAAAAUUGCUUGAGAUUGAUCCCAAUGAUACCAUGAUGGCAAUAGGUAAUAUGGUGAGGAAAAGAAUAACAAUGCCAGCCCACCAGAUGACCGACGGCCAUGACCCUGAUCUUUUCAAGCAUUUUGCAUAUGUGGCGCAACGACUUAAGGUUUUCACGGGUCAUGACUACAUAGAUAAUUUGGAGUUCAUGAUCGGGCGAUGGGGGCUCGAAAAGCUCGAGGGAUUGAAAGGCGACGCAAGAUGUGAGCAAGACUUCGUCUGUAGUCUCCCACCUAAGCUCAAAAAAUUGAUGGAACGAGACGAGAAAAAGGCCAAGGAUCAACAAAGGUUGAAAUUUAGUUGGAUUUUUGAUAAAGAAAUCAUAAUUUAGCUUCAAAUUUAUAUAAUAUAGAUGAAGUAAUUAAUGUUUGAUAUAUAUCUAUAUAUAUAGAUCAAAUAUAGUAACCAUAAAUCAAAUAACUUGUCAUGUAGAUAAAAAAACAAUGUAUUAAGUUAGAAAUAGUAUAUGCUUAAUGCAUGUAA